AUGCCUGUCAUUGACAUGGACGACCAUGUCCUGGAGGUGACAUGGAAGGUGCCGUGGCUGACAAGCUUUCCGAGGUCAGAGGUGAACAUUUCCUGGAAGAAGAGGGGCAGGCUGUGUGCAAAUUCUCCACUGCUGGUAGUGUCAUCUCCCUAAUGGGAUCCAACCCACUCCACUCUGGGGCUAUGCAGCACCUAAAACAAGUACUCCUGAGUGGCGCAGUGGUCUAAGGCACUGCAUCGCAGUGCUAACUGUGCCACUAGAGAUCCUGGUUCGAAUCCAGGCUCUGUCGCAGCCGGCCGCGACCGGGAGACUCAUGGGCGGCGCACAAUUGGCCCAGCGUCGUCGAGGGUAGGGGAGGGAAUGGCCGGCAGGGAUGUAGCUCAGUUGAUAGAGCAUGGCGUUUGCAACGCCAGGGUUGUGGGUUCGAUUCCCACGGGGGGCCAGUAUAAAAAAAAUAUAUGUAUUCACUAACUGUAAGUCGCUCUGGAUAAGAGCGUCUGCUAAAUGACUAAAAUGUAAAUGUAAAACACAAAGGACUGGUAGUGUAUCUAGAUGUAGCCACCGAUGACAUCAUACAGAGACUCUCCAGGAUGAAGGUGAACAGGAAUGUGGGCCAGGAGGCUGAGAUCCCCAUGAGGCAGAUUCUACACUACAGGAAGCAGUUUUAUGAGAAAUGGUUUGACACUAGAGUGCUCUGUGGGACUGGAGAUACUGUUGAGGAGAUUGCAGAGAAGGUGCUUCAGGCUGUGAAGAGAUACCAGAACUCUGAUUCGGAGACCACUGUGUCAACCAGGAGUGAUAACGGAUUAUCUAGUGAUCCAAAAUACUUUAGUGAAGUUGUUGUUGAGGGUUGAGCUCCUGAUGGUGGACUAUACGUGCCCCAAAAAGGCUUUCCGAAGCUCGACGCACGAGAAUGCUGAGACUAGCAGACAUGCCCUAUCCUGA